UCCUUUCCCGCAGUGCAUGCCGGGACGGCGGCGGGCAGGGAGUGUGGUAUUGAUGGCGGGGCCCGGUCGCGGGCGGGCCGCGGCGGCGGCGGUGGCAGCGGUGGCGGCCGCCGUGGCUCUGGCGGUGUCGCUACCGUGGCUGGUGCUCAGGGGCGCGCUGCUGGGCGCGGCGGCGCUGGGCGCGACGCGGCUCUGGGGCGCCAUGCGGACGGCGACCCCCGCGCCGCUCCGCAAGGCCGCGGCCAACGGGGGCCCCGCCGGCCCCGUGCGGGUCCAACGCGGGGAGCCGCGGGCCUCGGGGGCCCUACACCGCCGCUACCCACUGCCGCCAGCCCGAAGCCCCGUGUCACUUAGCCUCCCUGCCACUUGCUGGUCUGGCCGCUCACCCAGCAGCACACCCUGGGCUCGCCGAGCCGCCCCCCUCCGCAGCCCUAUCACCGUCCGGAUUGCCCGACCAGCCGCCAGCCUGACCCGUUCCCCAGCCCUGGAGCAUCUGACCUCACCCUUGGCCUUCCCAGCCACCAGCAGCCCAGAUCCAUGUGCGAAAGAGACUGUGCUGAACGCCAUCAAGGAGAGUAGGAAGAGGGCUGUGGAGCAGGAGGAGGAGGAGGAGGAAGACCGGGCUUUUGAGAACGAUCAGGACAGCAAGAGGAGGCGCCACGACAGCAGUGGAAGCGGGCAGUCAGCCUUUGAGCCACUGGUAGCCAAUGGUGCCCCCGCCUCUCUCAUACCCAAGCCUGGCUCCCUGAAGAGGGGCCUCGUCCCGCACUGCCCAGAUGAGUACUCCAACAAGAGGUCACGCACCUCUUCCGUGAGUUCCCUCAACAACACAUACACUGGUGGGAUCCCCAGCUCCAUCCGCAACGCCAUCGCUAGCUCCUACAGCUCCAGCCGGGGCCUUUCACAGCUGUGGAAGAGAAGUGGUAUGAGCAUUUCCCCACUGUCCAGCCCAGCGUCCUCCCGCCCUCAGACGCCAGAGUGGCCUCUCAAGAAAGCCAGGGAAGAGGAGUUACAUCGCUCCAAUGCUUCCACUCCGGUGAAAUCAGACAAGGAGCUGCAGACAGAGAAAGUGGUGGAGACGCCGGUGCAGAAGAGGCAGAAUUCCCUGAGCCCACCAUCCGCAUCGGGGAGCAGUGGGAAGCGCAAGCGGAAGAUCCAAUUGCUGUCGUCUCGCCGGGGAGACCAGCUGGCGCUGCCCCCGCCGCCUCAGCUGGGCUACUCUGUCACGUCAGAGGACCUGGACGCGGAGAAGAAGGCAGCGUUGCAGUGGUUCAACAAAGUCUUGGAGGAUAAGGCUGCAGAUGUGAUUCCCAGCACCACUGCAGAGACUACGCCCACGCCCAGGCCACUGGCCUUCCCGGUGAUCUCCCCAACACCUUCCUCGACAGCUCCUGCUCCAGCCAGCACCAACUCGCUCCUGGACAGCCUGAAGAAGAUGCAGAGCAGCCAGGCUGCGCCUGCACCCACAGACUCCACUGGAGCUGCGGCAGCAUCUCAGCCACCUUCAUCAGCCCUGCAGCUGCCUGCUCCUGCUGUGUCACUGGAGUCGAGUUCUCUGCCUGCGACUGCUGACGACACCAAGCCUGUGCUGAGCGUGCCCGCCCCUGCUGCCCCCCUUGCCUUGGGGACACAGCCCCCCAGCAGCACGGCACCUCCUGCCUUCACAGAGCUGGGUCAGACCCCCAGCAAGCCUCCCUCCUUCCCAAAGCCGAGCAUCCUCUUCGGGAUGCUGAGCACCCCUCCUGCCAGCCAGCCAGCAGCAACCACGACCACCACGGUGCCCACCACAACUGCUGCUGUGCCCACCACGGCCCCUGUCUUCAAACCCAUCUUUGGCGCUUUGCCAAAAAGCGAGAGCACAGCACCCUGUGCAGCUGUCGUCACUGCCACUGUCACCGUGUCUGCGAGCUCAGGGCCACCCUUGACAUCCUCUUCCACCACUGUGUUCAAGCCCAUAUUUGGCAGUGUCACCACAGCUUCGUCUCCAUCGAAGGCCUCUCCUUUCGCCUUCAAACCAACGCCACAGCCAGCCUCGGUCCCUGAUCUGCCAGCAGCCACCACGACUGCCCUGGCAGGAUUCACAGGUCUCCCUAAUGUCAUCUUCACCACUGCAGCUACAACUGCUGCCACACAGAGUUCCUCCACCGAUGCAACCAUCAAACCUGUCUUCAGCUUUGGACUCAACCCACCCACAUCCUCCAGCCCUGCUGCCAGCCUGGCUGUCACCACUGCCACCUCCACCAGCGCAGCCCAGCCCUUCCUGUUUGGCGGCCCGGCCAGCUCGGCUCCCAGCGCUGAAACCAGCUUUGCCACCCCGGGGCCUGUGUUCCAGUUUGGAAAGACACCUACAGCCACGGUCACUGCCACCACCAGUGUUCCAGGAGGCCCUGCCUUUGGCCAAGCACCUUCAAACUCAACAGCUCCUACCACCACUGUGGGCUUCAACAUAUUUGGGGGCACCACACUGACCUCUUCCACCCCAGCCACUACAGGCCAAGUGACGUUGACGUUUGGCUCCUCCAUCUCAGCAUUCAGCAGUUCCUUCAAUGCGAGCGCAAAGCCACCGCCACCGUAUCCCGGUGCAGCAAGUCAGCCCAGCUUCAACACUGGCGCUGCGGAGAGCCAGCCGUCCACCACCAAGCCCGCUGCUGGCCCUGUCAGCUUUGGCCCCCCGUUCAGUUUUGGAGCUGCCGCUGCACAGCCCACAGUGCAGCCAGCAUUCGGCAGCAGUGCUCAGCCAGCCUUUGGCACAGCCAGCGCCCAGGGCUCCUUCGGCACCAGCAGCACACAGGCGGCAUUUGGGACCACCACCUCUGUCUUCUCCUUUGGGACAGCCACCUCCACCACUGUCAGCUUCGGUUCCACCACCCAAACCACGACCAGCAGCAGCAGCACUGCUGUCUUCGGCACCACCCCUGCUCCUUUCACCUUUGGGGCAGCCGCGCAGCCAGGCCCCUCUGCCAACACCUUUGGGAUCGGCACACCCGCCCUGAGCAGCGGCUCCCCUGCUGUGGCCUUCAACUUCGGCACUGGGCAGAGCGGGGCAGCCCCGGCGGCAGCGCUGUUCGGCUCCUCCCUGACGCAGAGCGCGCUGGGUGUGCAGAACCAGAGUACACCCUUUGCCUUCACCGUGCCCAGCACCCCCGACAGCAAGUCUGUGUUCGGAGGAACUCAUGCGCCCAGCUUUGGGCAGAGCACGCCUGUCCCGGGAGCAGUGGGGAGCAGCAGCGGCAGCCUUUCCUUCGGGACGCCCAGCACUCCUGCCGCAGGCUUCGGAGCAGUUGGCACUUCCUUUGGUUCAUCCACUCCCACCUUUUCCAUUGGGGCAGGAUCCAAGACGGGGAGUCGCCAACGGCUGCAGGCACGGAGGCAGCACCCCCGCAAAAAGUGACCUCCGCUGCGUCAGUCUGCGCUGAGAGCCAACCCCGUGGCCAGGUCACUUGGAGACUGGGUGGGACAAGAUAAACCAAACUCUUCUUACUUGAACAGUUCCCCAGCCAAGGCUGGAUGAGCCUCUGUACAUACCACCACGUUUCCUCCCCCUCUCUAUUUUGCCAUGUUUCAUAACGUGUAAAUCCUUCUCCUUCUGCUUCCCUAGCUGUCCUUGUGCCCUCCUCCUCCCCUGCCCCAUGGCACAGCACUCGGCAGAGCCGCUGUUCCUGCCGGCCGCGCUUCCAGCCUGGUGAGGGAUGCCGUCUUCACCAGGUCCUGUGAUCUUUCCCCGUUGUUUCAUCCCUUGGCCUGGUGAACGCGCUUCCUCUGGAGGGCUUUGCUUUGCUGCUGGCCCUGCAGAACAUGAGCUGGGGCCGGCUGGCAUCAGCCCAGUGUGGGCGUUAGCGUCUCAGUGCAGUGGCUGACCUGUGUGCCAACCCCCCUCACUGGGAAUUCAUCACCCUGGAGCCUCAACUGGAGAUGCAGGGAUGGGGCCUCUCCGGCCCUCACUGCUCCUCCAGCCCCUCUGUGUUGCUUUGUUCGUGCUCCCCUUUACAUGCACUCACUGAAUCGAGUUUGGAGGAAGAACUGAAUGGUGUGCGUGGCGGCAUGUUGGUUAUGCCGGAUUUUGCUGUUUGGAGUUUCUUUUUCCAGGAGCGCCCGUCCCUUUUUGGGGGCUGCGCCCUGGCCAAUUGGGUGUUAAAAGCAGCGUUACUGCGGGGCUGCUCCCGCUGGGGGACUCAUCCCUUUGUCGUCUUGACUUUCAGGCAGGCAGCUGGUGGGGGAUGGGGCCUGGACCCCAGCUGGGAGGCUCCAACCUGGCGGUCUCUCCCCUCCCUCUCUCCUGGUGCCCCUUCCCCACCUGACGGUGCUCUGGAGUGGGGUGCUCUGGAGUGGGAUCGGAGCAAAUGGGUUCCUCCCUCCCCAGAUCCAGUUCCUUCCCCUCUCCCUGGAUCCAAAUCGGGUUGAGCUCAUCUCUGCCCUUUGGGGUUUUACCAGCUCCCAGGAGCUGUGGUGCUGCCUCCCCUCUUCCCACCCAGCCCUCCCCCUGCCUGGAGCUUCCAGAGGGAAGAAAAUUCCCGAGCUGGGGUCCACCAAGAGCUGCCCCCAUGCUGCUGCGGGCAAGGGACGGGCACCCCUGCCUGUGGGCUCCCCACCACUUCCAGGAGUGCUUUGCUGCCGGGUGUUUUUACUCUGGGAGCCGUGUGAGUGUGUGUGUCUGCCGGAGUCGA